AUGCCGGUCGCGACCCAGGCCUCGCUCAAGGGCCUGACCCCGGAGCAGCUCGAGGAGACGUCCUGCCGCCUGUGCCUCAACAACACGUACCACCUCGGCCUCAAGCCCGGGCAGGCCGUGCUCGACGCCGUCGGCGGCGCGCACAGGCUGCAGGGGUGGCGGCACAACAUCCUCACCGACUCGGGCGGCUUCCAGAUGGUCUCGCUGCUCAAGCUCGCCACCAUCACCGAGGAGGGCGUGCGCUUCCUGUCGCCCCACGACGGCACGCCCAUGCUCCUGACCCCGGAGCACUCCGUCGCCCUGCAGAACAGCAUCGGCUCCGACAUCAUGAUGCAGCUCGACGACGUGCUCGUCACCACCUCCCCGGACAGGGAGCGCAUGCGCGUCGCCAUGGAGCGCAGCGUGCGCUGGCUCGACCGCUGCAUCGCCGCGCACGCGAGGCCCGAGACGCAGAACCUGUUCUGCAUCAUCCAGGGCGGUCUCGACCUCGAGAUGCGCCGCGAGUGCACCCUCGCCAUGGUCGAGCGCGACACGCCCGGCAUCGCCGUCGGGGGUCUGUCCGGCGGCGAGGCCAAGGACGACUACUGCCGCGUCGUCGAGACGGUGACGGCGCUGCUGCCGGAGCUCAAGCCGCGGUACGUCAUGGGCAUCGGGUAUCCGGAAGACCUGGUCGUCAGCGUGGCACUCGGCGCCGACAUGUUUGACUGCGUCUGGCCCACCCGGACUGCGAGAUUUGGGAACGCCGUCACCAAGAACGGAGUUCUCAACCUCAAGCACAGUCGCUAUGCUGCGGAUUUCGGACCCAUCGAAGAGGGCUGCGGCUGCAUCUGCUGCCGGGAGGGCGAGGGUGGGCUGGGGAUCACAAGGGCGUUUAUAUCGCACAAUGCCAACAAGGAGACGGUGGCGGCGCAUCUGCUCACCAUACACAACGUGUGGUAUCAGCUGAACUUGAUGAGGGAGAUGAGAGAGGCCAUUAUCGAAGACAGGUUCCCGGCGUACGUGAGAGGGUUCUUUGCUGCAUUAUACCCGGAUAGAGCAAACUAUCCAACAUGGGCGGUCGAUACACUACGGCGAGUGGGCGUUGACUUGUUAGAUUGA